AUGUUAAAUGGAACAAAAAGAUUGGUGAUUUUAAAACAAAGUUUGAUCUUUUUGGUAGAUUGGUACUACGAAGCAGGAUCGUGCAAGCUUAAACCAGAGGUGAUAAUCGUUGGAACAAAAAGAGAUUUGGUCAAUCAAAGAAAGGUCACAAGAGAACAAGCAAACAAAUUUGCACUUGAUAAUGGGUUUUCAUACUUUGAAGUUGGAAUUGAUGAUUCUGGUAUCGAUGUCGUUUACAGUGUAAUAGGUAAACAUGUCUAUGAAAAUAUGUAUAAAGAUUGGAGUCGUUUUGAUGAUGAUUUACAUUUGGAAUUGGAUUCUAUUUCAUUAUAUCCAAAAACAUAUCAAAUAACAAAUCAAAUAACAACAAAGUUGGGUGUACAAGUUGCUAAAAUUGGUCACUCAAAUAUUGAAUUUUGGUGUUCCAAUCGAUAUGUUAAUAUUACCAGACAAUUUGGAGUUGUUACAAUACAUUAUAGACAAGACUGGCAAAUCCAAAUCAAUCUAAAACAAAAAGAUAAAAAUCAAAUAAUGAAUGAGGUAGUGGUUGGAGGUGAUUUAUCAAUGGUUCAAUACCUUUUCAGUCAAGGUUAUUAUUGGUCAUGUCAAGGAUUAUUGGUAGCCAUUGCAUUCAACCAUAUAGAUAUUGUUACAUUCAUCAUUGAAAAGUCUGGAGAUACAAGGAUGAAAACCGAGGGAAAUCAAAAAGAUUCUUUCAUUCUCACCCAAUUUCUUUUAGAAAGAUGUAUUAAAAUGGCUAAAUCAUACAAAAGAAAAGAAAUUGAAAUAUUAUUCUUUCAAUAUCUAGAAAAAAGAAAAGUUGUUGAUAAAACAUUUUCAAAAUUGAUUCCAAAAUAA